CCUUACCAAAAGGACAAGCUUACAUUCAAGUUUUUUUCGAGACCUGAAGUUACCUGUGAAAAUUGAUGACAUCAGAAGUGGUACAAUGGACAUGGUUCCACUCGUUCCCAGGCUUCUCUCUCUUCCUCCCUCGAGAAAGGAGGAAGAGAGGGAACCCUGGGCACGAGGUUGUCCACAUAAGAGCGCGAGGUGUGAACCAAUUCGCACGUUUGCACCUUCCCUUGUCCUACAAAAUAUUUACGCUAUUAUAACAAAAUCAUAUAAAAAAUCUUUCAGAGCCAGCACGCCACUCUUCACUUUCAUGAACCGGAAAGAAAAGAUGACGUGUCCGUAGUUGGAAGGAAGGUAAUAUUCCGAAAGAAGUCGGUAUCUACUUAAACCGGAACACCGGAACACCCCGACACACUCUGGAACAACCCCGAACAGCACGAAUAAUAACAAUAAAAAAAAGACAAACAGAAACCUGAACUCUAAUCUGUAAGCCUGCGUGGCAGGAGUCGAAAGAGGAGGGUGGGGAAAGAAAAAGGGAGAUCGGUUUUCUCUCUUUCCCCUCCCUUAGGCUCUAAUCUAUAAAAUAUCAAAUGUUCUUUUCAUUUGUUGUCUUAUUUUUAGGUUUCAGGGGAGUUCCGUGUUCCUGCUUUUAGCACAUGCAAAAGACGUUUUCGCCCUCUAAAACAAACCUUGAUUCUUUUCUAGUUCCAUUUCCCUGUAUACUCUCCUCUUUAUUUGAAAAUUUUUAUUUUUGAAUAGUUUAGGAAGAAAUUGAAUGACUAUUUUUUGUUUCUUUUUUCAGGUGCUUUCAACGGUUGACGAAAGGUAUUGAAAAAACUGCCAUUGAUAUAGUAGUAGCUCCUUUUGUAACGGUUCCACUGACCGUAAGAAAAGGACACUGCUCAUUCUCCUACCCGUACUCUAAAAAAGACAGUGAGUGAUGCCUGCCGAGAUUUCCACUGUCGCGUGAUUUUCACGUGCGUACGCGGGUAAAAUCUACUUGCGUAAAUAAUUAGAGGCGAUGUAUGAAAGGCCACCCGUAAACGUAAUAGUUAAGCGAGAUUAUAUUUUUACGUUUACUUGCGAGCUUACAAAUAUUGCCUCUUUUUUAUUUACGCGUCUAAAAUUUACGUAAGUACCCACGUAAAGAUUACUUAACAGUGGAAAUCCACCGUUAGAAGCUUUACCACUUUUCUUACCAUUCGUAUUCACAUUGUAAGCGUCCGUACCCUUGUUAGACUACGAGUAUACCCCCAUUUUUCCUCAGGGAUAGUAGAGCGAGCGAAACGGGAGCGCGCGUGAAAAUCACCCCACGCGAGAAAAGACGACACCCGGCGGGUAGAGAGCGCCUUUUCUCGCGUGAGGUGAUUUUCACGCGCGCUCGCAUUUCGCUCGCUCUACUAUCCCUGAGGAAAAAUGGGGGACUACUCUUAGUCUAUACUCUUGUUCACAAGCUUUGCUUUUCACUUCAGGGACAAUGAUGCUAUCACAACCGAGGUAAGGUUAACGUUAAUGUUGGUAGUAAUAAAAUCACCACCGUCACAGUUGAAGCGCGCUGGCUUAGAAUACGAUCAAAAACAAGAAAACCAGUCAUGUUCUUUGAGGCGCAUUUAUUGUCUUUUAAGAUAUUAGACAGGCCAAAAAAAUCCACUAAACCACAUCCACACGAAGAAGUUGUAAGCCUUCCUCUGUGUUUACGUGUAACAGACCGUAUUUACAUUGAGUAAAUUAACAAUAUAAGAUAUUAACAAUCGAAAAUAAAUACGACAUUGGCCCAGUUACACAACUUACAUGCGUCACGAAUAGGGAUGUGAUGGAUAAUUUCCUUAAAUAAAACCUGGCUCCAACGCAUACGUUCACCUUUUCCACAGUCUUCCCUCCAUCCCCUCCCCCCCGUGACGAUUAGACUAUUAACAGCAUAAGAAACUUCAUUGCUUCUGGUUGUACUCUAUGUGUUAGAGAAAUGAUUAAUGAUUUAUUCCCGCUUCUAAAGGACUCCGCCCUAUUCCCACCCAUAACCCCUCAAGUGUCAGCCUUUCAGCAAGGGGGACGGAAGUCCGUAUCCACUGCAAGACUGCCCCAGGGGGGGAUGAUGAUUAUCCAGGGAGCAGGUUCCAAACACACAGAGACAAUUCCACUAUCAACUUCACAAAGUAAGAUGAAGAAGCGAGGAAAGGUGAAAAACUACUCAAGACGAGAGCUGCUUCUCAAGCAGAAGGCAAUUAUGGAUAAGAUGCUGCACGUGGAUGCUAGGAUAGAAAACUUGCAGAAUGAAUUCAGUGGAAUGGAGCCCGAGAGAAAACACAUUGGUACAGUAGGUGCUGGAAAGUAAGUAAAACACUUGAAAAGUAAACAUCCAGCAAUUUUCUUGUCACCCUUGACAAGAGCUGAAACACGUUAGGGACCGUUCAUUUUUUAUGGGGUAGGGGGGGGGCUGGUGGGAUUUGGAGGAGUGUAAUUUGAAAAUUGUAUGACUCCCCCCCAAUUUCCGAUUUUUUUCGCAUUGGUCCCCCCCCCCUCAUCAGAGUAAUUUUUUGGAAGGCCCCCCCCCCAUGAAUAACAAAUACAUAAAUACAUUCAGGACUCAAAUUAUUGGUUUUAUUAUAUGAGCUUGACAACAACAUUUUUAUGAAUGAAAAGAGAGUUGUUGCUAUUCAAGACUGUUAUUAUGGUAUGUUCACUGUCCUCAUAAAAUAUAAAAGCCGUUGAGAAGUUUUCUUGUUACCCUGGAACUGCUUUAGCAUAUUUGUUAUAAAUAAAAGAGCACAAUUUUUCUUCCAUUUGUAAACAUCUCUUAUCCUAUUUUUAAUCUAAUUUUUUCGUCCGACCCCCCCACUUCCUUCAUUUUUAGCCAAUUUUUUUCGAGUGGCCCCCCCCCCCAAAUCCCACCAGCACCCCCGCUCUCUCAUAAAAAAUGAACGGUCCCUUAUGGCCUCCGGAAUGAAAUGGAGGUUUUGCCGUGCAUAGGUUUUCUAUGAAAAGGUCUCCAGAAAACCCAAGGGAAAAAGCAUGGAUGUCAUAUAGGGCAGUUGGAUUUUCCCCUCGGGGUUAUGAAAUGACCCCCAGCUACUUUCGUAGAACACAAAAAGGAAAAGGAAUCAAAAUGACUUCCUCGCUGUUCAAUUCCAAUUCCAUUGCAUUACCAUAUACCUUACUGGUAUUUAAUUUUGCGAUUUUGGCGAGAGAGUAUUUUUGGCGGGGUUUUAUUUCCGCGAUUUCAACACGCAAAUAUGAGAAAAGGGCAUUAAAUUUUGCAAUUUACGCACUCUCAACUUCAUUUAAUUUUUUUAAAAAAAAGUCUGAAAGAUUUCAAAUUUCUUGUUGAACUGGAAAAGCGAUGUGUGAAAGCUAUACAAAUUAAUGUUAUUUUACUUACUGAAGAUACAAAACGGAGCUUACCAGUAUAACCAGUUAGCAAGUUAUAUUGCCGAUACAUAUCCUGCAUAUGUUGCUGCUAUCUGAAGUUAAUAUAUUUUUUCUGUGAUUUUAAUUUUCCAUAUGAGUAUUUAAUUUCUCGUACUUAAAAUUCGCGGUCUUUAUUUUCGCGAUUUUUGCAAUCGCGAAAAACACGAAAUUAAGUACUAAUUGAGCGUUUUCACUCACGUGACCAGCUCUAUGCAAAUUUAUGGGAACAAAAGGAAGUGUUUACAUAAGAAAAGAGUUCAACUCCCACAGGAUUGGUUUGGAAAACCAACAUGGCUGCCGUCUUAUUGUUUUGGAACACCAAUAUGUCAAUACCCCUCAUGUGAAAACGCUGUAUAUGGUACCUGGAAACUUGAAAUCUUAGACUCCAGAGUGAGGUGUCCACAUCAUAGCAUACUUGUCCAAUACUCCGACAAAUUUGUGCAUGCCUUUGUUUAAUUUCUCAUUGUUUUGCUUCGUUCUUUAUUGUUAUGCUUUUGUUCAGUAUUGUAAUGUGAACACAAUACAAUACAAUGCCAAUCAUAAAUUUGUCGGAGUAUUGGACAGCCCCCCAUCACAGAGUUGUUAAAGGAAAGUUGCGCAAAUUGUCCAAGAAAAUAGUCGGAAAAUUCUUGGUUUUGGCUCCCGACCUUACUUAUCUGAGCUUUACACUUUGGGCAUCCGUGUCUCAGAAGUAACAAAGAAUUAAAAGGGGUACAAGGUUAAAUAGUCCUUUUGUAGGGAGCCCCUAAAACUGAAACAAAAUCGCAAUUUUCAUUUUCAUCACUGUUCUCUUUCCCAAAGCCAACACAACAACCAGAACACUAAACCAAACCAAGCUGUCCAUCAGCAUGGAGUUCCAUCAACAAGAUCUCAAGAUUUUUACUUUCCUCUAACAACACACUCUGUAGCACUUCCAACCCUGCCUCAAGGAUUACACGUACAAGGAGUUAUGGAUAACAAACCUGUCAAACAGGAGACAGAGAAAGAGCAAGGAAACUCUGGAGAGCAUGUCAGGGAAGAUGAAAUCAAUGAGGAACCACUGCAGUUACCAGUGAGUAGAAAGUGAGGGUGCAGGGGUGGAUCUGGGGGAAGGGUGCAGGGGUACCCCCGAGAUGACCUGCAGUUUUCUAAUACAGCUGGCAUUCUGCAAAAAAAACUAUGUGGUUUAUUGGUGUUGAAGUAGAGCAAGAGACGAGUGCACCCCCUCCAAAAAAAAUCCUGGAUCUGCCCCUGCGGUAUACCCACACCAAGGGCCUUGCCAGCUUUUUGGCUUCUUGUAGUCCUGGCUGACUGCGAGUCGGAAUAUUUUGAAAAACACUGACUUCACCUAAACUUUGAGCUCUUCAGGCUUAAGCUCAGCUCCCAACAGCACAUAACUUAUUACAAGUGGCAGAGUGAUCAAACCAAUAAAUCUUUGUCCCAAGCCUACCGGUUUAUAGUCUGGUUACACCCCUGCACACUAGUGAUGCAAGCAUAAGCAUAAGCGUAAACAUAAGCGUAAUACAAGGAAAAGCAUAAGCAUAAGAAGCUUAUGUGCUAAUGAGGCCGGUCAUAAUGUGAGCAUAAGCGUAAGCACAAGAAGAACGCAAGGUUUUAAUAUUCUUUUCUUUUUGCUAUGCUUAUGUUAAGGCUGUCCUCACUUACACAUAGUCUUCUUUAAGGUUGCUACAGCCAGAGGUUUCUGAAAUUCCCUGACUUUUCCUGACUUUUUCCUGACAAAACUACCCUGGGGGUACUUGGAUUAAUUUUGCUGGGUAUGUGCCGCUGGCCUCUCAGAGCCCCUACCCCAUUAUAGUCUGUUCUGUGGCCAAUAAUAUUACUAUAGACCCCAUCUUAGUCACUUUGGGGCAUAAUUUAAUUUUUGCGAUACCAACUUAGUCAAUAUCUAUUAAUGUCUGUGUGGGAGGCUAACUUUAUAUUGAAUGAAGAACACUUUACUUUUCACCUACAGUACAAACAUUCAUGUACAUUUGCAAAUCGUAAAUAUGAAGAACUGUUUUACCCCAAAAAUCCAAAAAUGUGCGAUCCCAUUCUAGUAACUCUGUUGAAAAUGCGACCCCAUUCUAGUCACUCCAGGCGUGAAAAUGCGACCCCAUCCAGGGGCACAUCCCCAUUAGCCUCUUAUAAGGAAGUACUCCCCCCCCCCCGGCAAAAUUAAUGUAAAAUUUCCCUGACCAACUGAGAAUGGACUCAAACCCCCUCCCUCACUGCCAUCGUCUUCACCCACAUAUUUAUGCUUUUAGCAAGUCACGUCGACGUGCAGUGUAUAUUUAACAAUUAUUCCUCGAGCCCGAAUGGGGUCCGAGUCAACAGCCCAUGAGGUUGAAGGCCAAAUAGGGUAUUGACUCAGAGGCCAUGAGGGCGAGAGGAAUAGUAAUGUUUUAGUAAAAUCCAACUAGUUGGUCAAAAAUAUUAAGACAAAACAAGUUAAGCUAGCAAAAUGUGAUUCAGCCGCCAUCAUUUUGGUUUUCAAAGCCGGCGCUUUCCGCUACUAGUGGGAUAUAACAUAUAGCAGAAUGCAGCAUCGACAAUAGACCACUACUUAGAUUUUACUAAAAAUUGAUAGCUCCUUAACUUAACUUGUCAUUCAAUUCCAAGAACAAUAACCUACCAAUCCAACAUGAUUUAUGUCCGUAGAGUGUCUAAAGAUUUUUAAAUGUUAGAAAACAAUAAAAGUACAAGGAAAAGAAUAAAUAUGCACUCUUAAAAUUUCACUUUUCCCUUUCUUUCAAAGAUUUAAAUCUUCCCUCACUCAAAGUGAAACCCCUGACUUUUCCCUGACCUUGAAGACUUUUUUCCCUGACCCGUGACAACCAUGUAAUCUUAUGCUCAUGCUUGCAACGUUAGUGAGGACCAGGCUUAAGAGAAUAGCUGUCUACAAAAAUCAGGGGCACCCAACGGCAAUUUUUGGGAAAAUAUCUGUUCGGAAGACGAUUUGAGAACUAGAAUUUUCGGAACAUUUGUUGUAAAAUUUCUUGCUUGCCUGCCUCUCCUAGGAUUUUCGAACAUCUACAAAAUGGUAUAAUUACCCAUUUUAAACGGAUAUUUACCCUAAAAAAGGUCACCUAGAAUUUUCGGGAGCCUUUUCCUGGCUGAAAUUUUCGAAAAGGUAAGUUUUGAUCCCUAUAAUUUUCAGAUCACUAGACUUUCAGCUAGAAAAUCUGAACAGAUGAAAAGUUUUUAGGGGAUAAAAAUAUGCCUAUAUCUACCGUUUAAAUACUAAAAUACGUUCAACAAUGCUAUUUUAAGCGGUUUUGAACUAUAUCCUCGUUGGGUGCCCCCUAAAAAUAGUCAACAAUGAGCUUACUUGAACACUCAAUACUGGUAUCUGUUUCAGGGUAUGAACAAUACCUUCUGGCUGAGAAAAAAUUCAAUAAUUGCAAGAUUCCCUUCACAAAAGCAUUUGAGGAAAUCAUUAUCUGAACAACCAACAAAGCUUCCUAUGUUAAACAUCAAUAAUAUCCUAAAGGUUGGACAAUGA